AUGGCUGGUCGGCGCAUCAUUGCAAACACCAACCUGUUCCUGAUGAGUCUUGGUGAACCCCAUGAGGUUAUCUUGAUCGUUCACCAGGAUAAGCACUCAAACCAAGAUCCCGAAGCACAAGUCAUUGCAAAGGCAAUCGCCGCCUUCGACUGCAAUAAUAAUAAACGCGUGAAAUCAGGUUUGCAACGCCUGCCGGCCAAGGAAAUCUGUGCUAUCGUCAUAAGACGCACUGCGUUCAUCCUGUAUCGCGUUCAUGUUACGACAGCACUUGUUGAUGCCCUUGCCGCGGCAACCUAUCCACAGGAAGAAACAGUGGUCCUGAGGUUUAUUCCACCUGUCCCUAACCAGGAACUGUACAGAACGGAAGGAAUGCAUCCGCUGGCCAAUCGGCGUUCUGUCUUCCAAUGCCUUGAGGCCUUCAAGGGAGUUAUAGGAUGUGUGUAA